AUGGUCAAGGUAGUCGGCCUGGAAUUGGCACCCGGUCCGUCGGUCGACGACGACCCGUCGGCAGCCUGGGCGGCCGUCCGAGAUUCGAUGCAGGCCAUUCUGGACGAUCCGGCAAAGUCCACCCUCGAAUACGACGGGCACUUCGGCCGGACCAACCUCGGGGCCACGGUCGAGGGGUUCUUGUGUUUCGAUCUGGUCAUCCACGGUUGGGAUCUCGCAGCCGCGACCGGCACCGAUACGACGAUGCGUAACACGGACGUGGAGUGGGUGUCGGAGAUCGCCGCGGGCCUCGGCGAGUCGAUCCGCAUGAGCGGUGUGUGCGGCCCGGAAAUACAGGUUCCGGACAACGCUGACAAAGCGACGAAACUCCUUGCCUUCCUCGGCCGGAAGGCG